UGCGCCGUAUAAAAGGGGCGUAGCAGGCCAGGUAUCAUGGCGCAUAAGAAAAAAAUGGCGACUGUUUGCGAGUCUUUACAAAACCGUCUGACAAACCCUUACUUAUGCAGAAAUACGCCCCUUUUUGGGCCUGCAGAGCCACGUGGGCAUUACGCAACAGCUAGGACAAGACUUAGUUUCUAAAAAUGGCUAAUCGUAGAAAACGACCGCACCACAGUUUUGACUGCUAUCUUGGCUCUCCUGAAGAGAAACAAGCUCUACAGGCAAGGAUAGAGAGAGUGAGGAAGAAGCUAUCGCCUGCUGGACGUACCAUUGACAACCUUUCUCUCAUAAACGCCAUGCUAGACGCUGUAGAAGAGAAACUAGCUAGUGCUGAUGAAGGUACGCCCACAAGUGAUCAAGGGUCUGUUAGGCCCUUCUUGAGAGACAAUGGGAUGUACACUGGUGAUAACAGUCCUGAUGAUCAGACCUUGUUCAUCACUGAGAAGCGCUGCUUUGAUGAUUUGAUGACAGGGCUGGCGUCAUCGUGCUCGGUUCGAAGUUGUUGGCGACUGGACUCUGUGAUUCAGAAAGGGCACGUCAUCAGAGUUUUGUACUCUUGUCGUCACUGCCGGCACCAGAAGAGAUCAUGGUCUAGCUCUCGCGUGUUUGGAGGACACUUCCUCGUCAAUCAGAAGAUGGUACACUCUUUCACUUGUGCUGGGAUCAUUCCAUCCCAGUACAUACAUCUCUCUAUGUUCGCUGGACUGGGCACAGUUGGUCAUGCUUACAUUCGGAGAGUAUACAAUAACAACAGCUACCUAGAGAUUGUGGCCGCGGCAGCUGAACACUCCAUGCAGUCGGCUGUAGAGGAAGUCAAGGCUCUGCCACACUACAGCACUAAGGGAGAAUGGGUGAUAACCGAUGCUAGGCAUGAUUCCACGGCCAAUGCGUAUCAUACGACUGUGCCUUGCCUUUCAGGAAGCACUCAUAAGAUCCUUGGCAUCUCCACCAUCUCUCGGACAGAGCACUCGGUAGCUCAGACCAGAGAAUUGCAGUGUACCAAGGUUGUUCUUCCCCAAGUCAUUGCUAGAGGUCUGAAUGUUACUGAGGUUGGGCAUGACAUGCAAGCUCAGGUUGCUAAGUACGUGACACACACCCUCAAUCUCAUCAACUCCUAUGACACAUGGCACGGUACUAAGAACGUAGCCCGGGAGCUCAAGAAGAUCACAGAGGGUCGGGUCAGAGAUCGGAACAUAACGUGGUUCCCUGAACUCUCUGAUAAACGGCGCAGUAUCAAGAUACACUUGUACUGGGCCAUGAAGAACUGUGGUGAGGACCCUAACAUUCUACAGCAGAUGGCUCUCAACAUCCCCAACCACUACAAGGGUGAUCAUUCUAACUGCCAUGCCUCGUCUCCCUGUCGUAUGGCUCCCUAUAUACCCAGUCGUGCUCAGAUUACCAACAAGAAGGCAGAAGAGGAGCUCCUUAGGUGCAUCAAGGCUACCUACGUCUUCAAGAAUGCGGAUGCUUUCUGUCGGUGUCGGGACACGUUCUGGGUAGAGUCAUUCAACCACCAGCUGCUGAUCUACUUGUCCAAACGUAUCCACUAUUCUGACGAGACUUUUCUCAUGAGAAUGAACCUGGCCGUACUUGACUGGAACGAGAAUGUGAAUCGUGCCCACACCAGUAAGAGAAAGGUUAAAGACCUUCGCCGUCCUGACAGGCGUACUGACAUGAAAGCUCUCGUGAGUAAGUCUUAUCAUUUUGCGGGUAUGCUUUGGACAGAGUAUGUCGCAAGGAACGGCGUCGAUUUGAGUGAGUUUGAGGAUAUUGAGCCAGAUGGUGACAACGAUGAAGACUGGCUCACUGAUGGCAUGUUACCCCCCCUUCUGCCUAGUGAUGAUAUGGAGUCAGAUUCAGAUAGCGACGACAGAGAAUAGUCCCUGUAGGUCCCAUCGACACUAGGACCCACGUCCUGGAGCAACCUCCAAAACUUCCGAUACAACCGGUGCCUCUUUUCAUCAUUUGCUGGAUGAGGUCCACAGGCACCGGUUAGGAAGUCUGGAGGAAGAGCAAUCACACACGGCCCACAGAGGCAGUGUGGACAGCAGUCCUGCAGUCCCUGUAAGACAGGGACGAGGGCAGAGUCUCUGUAACCCCGUGGAUGACUUGGAGAGAGAGCUGCGGACAAAUAAGUUUUAAUAAAAUAUCAUUGAUUAUCAUGUUUAUUUUCUUACUAAUAGGUGGCAUUGGCUGAUCUGGGACGGCGUCUGGGACAGCCUCCCACCUAAGCUUCACCGUCUGCCUGAGUCCUGCCUCCCGGAGCUCUUUAACUACUUUAUUUAUUUUACUAACGACCACUUGUGGUGGAGUGUCUUUAUAUUUAACUGUUACCUGUACAUGGUAUAAUUAUGAUUGAAAUGAUGACAUUUUAUUCUUACCUCGA